AUGAAGAAGAAUGAGCGAGACAACAACUUCUUCCGCUUGUACAAGAACAAGUACCUCAUCACGGGUGUGACCAUCCUGUCCUUCAUCCUCAUGUUUCAAUACAAGUACCAUGAAGUGCUGGCCCUACAUGACAACAAUGAAAAUGCAGCACAAAGCAACAAGCUCUUCUGGGCACGCCUACUCUUCGGACGAACAAGGAGUCGCAUCACAGGAGAAAUAUUCAAAAUAGAAAUCCCAAACACAUACAGAUUGUUUAUUUUCAACUUUUUAAUUAAAUAUAUGCAAAUUAAUAAGGAAGAAAUAAAGUAUCCAAUAGAGUCAUACAAAUCUAUUGGUGAUUUCUUCUCUCGAUACAUAAGAGAGGAGACGAGACCUAUUGGAGAUGUUAGUGACUACUCCAUAGUGAGUCCAUGUGAUAGUGAACUCAUGGAUUACGGAGAAUUAACAUCAGAUUAUCUUGAAAACAUAAAAGGAGUCAAAUUUAACGUGAACACUUUUUUGGGAUCCAAUUUUGAGAAGAAGUAUAAUGAUGGAAGUACUAAAUUAUUUUAUGCCAUUUUUUAUUUAAGUCCAAAAAAUAUCACCAUUUUCAUGCCCCUUUUAAUUUCAAAUAUAAAAUUAGGAGACAUAUAUCAGGAGAAUUAUUUCCAGUUUUCCAAGGGAUGUUCAAAAUUAUUAACAACCUGUUCAAUAUUAACGAAAGGGUUAUCCUUUCUGGAGA